AUGCAAUUAUUGAAACUCUCUUCCUCUCUGAGAGAUGAUCUCGAAUGGAUCGGAAAGGAGCUACACGAGACAAUAUUCGAUUAUUAUCAAGAUUUAGAUUCUCAUGAUUGGUUUUUGAAUGGGUCAGAUACUCAGAUGGCUGUUUCUUUGGAUUGUACCUAUAUUGCAAUUGCUCAUUUAAAUACUUGUUUUUUAUCGAUUUGUGAGGACCAUGAUUAUCAUUUAAUUCAGUUGGAAAAUCCUUGUAAAUAUGAAGGAGAAAGAAUUACAUCCCUGAUGUGGGUUUCAUUUAAAGACAACAAGAACAAAGAAAAUAUAUUUCUUUUAAUCGGCACAUCAGAAGGAUUUCUAAGAAUUCACAGUGUUUCUACAAACAAUAUCAUUCACGAAGAUAGAUUUCAUGACUCACCCAUUGUGAAAAUUAAAUCACAAAGUGUGUUUCAUUACAGCCUUUUGCCAAAUUACCAGAAGGAGAUUAUUUUAAUAAUUUAUUCAAACUCUUUAGUAACUAUUGAUCCAACUACCUUUAAGAAGGAUUUGAAUAACAUGCUCUCAUCUAAUCAUGAAAAUGAUUCAUAUCAAUUCAAGAAAUGGAUUUUAAAGGAUUCCACAAAAACAAAUGAUGCAUGUUGCCUGUAUUCAUAUUGUUGUGACGUUUCGAUAUUUGAAGUUAUGGAUGUAAAAUCUGAAUUUGAUAUUAUAGGUGCUGGCAUGAAGCCAACAAUCGCUCAAUACUCAACAGAAGAAAUUGAUGAGACAUCUGUUAAACAACGAACCAGAGUGACUAAAAUCGCUACAACAGUGGCGAAUAAGGUCUAUAAUUUUGCAAGCUCCUGGUUUUGGGGAUCCACACAAACCAAAACCUCUGAGGAAGAAACAUCUCAACAAGAAGAACAAAUUCCUAAAGGAGCAUUCAUUCCACUCUCUAAUCAAUUUUUUGAUGAGAAACGUGAAAUUUUUGUUGCUGAGCUCGACUAUUCUGGAAAGCUUCUAGCAACUACAGAUUCACUUGGGAGAGUCAUGAUCUUUGAUCUCUCCUCAAUGACAGCAAUGAAAAUAUUUAAAGGGUACAGAGAAGCUCAGUGUUAUUGGGUGGUGGUUGGACAAGACACAAUGACCUUGGAACAAUCGGCUUCAAAGAGUGCCGAGUUACUCUUAAUCUUUGCUCCAAGAAGAGGUAUUUUAGAGUUAAGAGGCAUGGAUGGACAUCGGUACUUUGCCAUGACUGUUGGUACGGAUAAACGUCUCGUCAAGUCAUCAGGUCGCUUCAUUGAGGGCGAUAGAGAAACAAGUUUCAAAUAUCCUCAAUUUUACUUAAUUUCACAAACAGAUGGAUCCAUUCUGAGAGUAUCAUUUGAAAACAUUUCCAUUGGUGAUGAUCAGAGUAUGAAUGGUUCGAAAAUCGGCAUUGCUCAUUCCUCAACCAAUAUGAAGUAA